CACUGAUUGGCCUUUAUGGUCAGCAGGGUCUCCCAGCCAAUCAUUGGAUAUUCCGAAACAUGUGAAGAAGAAUUGGACGCAUGACGGGUGAAUGGUUGCCAAUGAGAAACCUGCAAUAAUUGGACUUCUAUCAAGCAAAAUAAAACAGAGAGUUGAAAAGUGAAAGAAAGAAAAAGUGGGCCUUCAGCUUAUUUAUAAGAAAAAGCAGCGAGAGAGAAGAUCGAGAGGGUGCCCGGGAAAGAAAGAAAAGAAGCGAAGAAAGAAAGGGAAAACAGGGAGAAGGGGUUUCUGUGCAUACUCGCCGCCACGGACAUCUCGCCGAACUGGAUUGAUUACGUAUUGUAACGUUUACAUUUUCCAUUCUAAUAGGUUUCGAGGUGUGACAAAACCUUAAGUGCGAAAUAGACAACUAAAUUCGACUUUAGCGAGGAGAGAGAGAUCUGGAAGUGCUAAGCUUCCUCGCUAUGGCAAACUCUGAGAUAGAAACGAGUAGCAACGCUGCACGAGCAUUAGGAGGUGAGUAUCAAGUGUUCCUGAGUUUCAGAGGACCCGACACUCGUCAUGGAUUCACAGACUUCCUCUACCACGGCUUGGUAGAUGCGGGAGUCCGCGUAUUCAAGGAUGAUGAUGAACUUCGCGUCGGCGAAGUGAUUGGUGGGAACCUUUCACGUGCUAUCAACAACUCCAUGAUCUAUAUACCCAUCUUCUCUCGUACUUAUGCUUCUAGCAAAUGGUGCCUCCGUGAGCUUGCGCACAUAGUAGAUAAUGUGUCUCAGUCAGACGGUAAAAAAAGUAUCCUUCCCAUUUUUCUCGAUGUAGAACCCGAAGAUGUUAAACUUAAGACUCCACAAUAUAGCAAUGCUUUACGGGAACACGAGAAGAAGUUUCCUGAUGAAGUCAAGGCAUGGAGAAAGGCUCUUGCAGAGGUUGAUGAAAUCAAGGGAUGGAAUGUGAAAAGGGACCAAAGCCAAGCAGAAAUUGUCAACUUGGUUGUUAAAGAGGUUUUGGAGAAACUGGAGCUAAAACAAAAAUCAGUGACCGAAAAUUUAGUCGGACUUGAUGAUCGGGUAAAGCACUUGAUAGAGUUAUUAGCUGUCAACAAUCUUGAUGUGCGGCUCAUUGGAAUAUAUGGAAUGGGCGGCAUUGGUAAAACAACUCUUGCCAAAGUCGUCUUUAAUAAACUUGCUUCCCACUUUGGAAAGUGUUGUAGCUUCCUUGAGGACGUCCGAGAAAGCAUGUCGACCAAGGACGGAAUAAUCCAGUUACAGAAAAAAUUAUUGUCUAACAUUGUUGGUUCUAAAUCUGCAGAAGGAGUCAAUGAUAGUGAGCAAGGAAUGUGGAGGAUUGAAGCAAUAUUUCGCACUAAGAAGGUCCUUGUGGUUCUGGAUGAUGUUGAUAAUAAAGAGCACAUUAAGAAACUAAUAGGAGAUAAGUCAUUAUAUUCGGGAUCUAGGAUAAUCGUUACAACAAGAAACACAACUAUUAUGCAAGUUGCGGGUUUUAAAGGUACAAUUAUACCGUAUGAGAUGCUUAAGAUGGAAGACGCUCUUGCACUUCAGCUUUUUUGUCGGCAUGCCUUUGGCAGACCCUUUCCUUCGGAUGAUUAUCAUGGGUUUUCCAGUGAAAUUGUCCAAAGUACAGGAGGGCUUCCUUUAGCAAUUGAAGUGAUAGGUUCAUUACUUAAUCAGAAAGACAAUGCAUUUUGGGAAGAGACAUUGGUCAGGUUAAGGAAUGUACCUGAGGAAGAGAUUCAAAAGAAGUUGAGGAUUAGCUAUGAUGACCUAGAUGAAUAUCAACAACAAAUUUUUCUCGAUAUAGCAUGCUUCCUUUUCAAUGAGAAGAAGACGGAUGCAAUUUACAUGUGGGCCGAUUGUCAGUUUUAUCCUGAAAGAGGAAUUGAGGUCCUUACCAAUAGGUGCUUGAUAAAGAUAUUGGACAAUAACAAGUUCUCGAUCCAUGAUCAACUAAAAGACAUGGGAAGGCAAAUUGUCCGUCAAGAAAGUCCAAGUGACCUUGGAAAGCGGAGCAGGUUGUGGAUUGCACAAGAGGCCAUCGAAAUCAUUAGAACCGAAAGGAGGAAGAAGAAGGUUCAGGCGCUUGAAAUAAAUGUACAAGAUGGCUCCAUAGAGAUUGCAAAUGAAGAGUUUGAAAGAUUACCAAACCUAAGGUUCCUCAACUUAAGCAAUGGAACUUUUGCUGGGAACUUUGCACAGUGUCAUUCAAAGUUGAGAUGGAUUUCUUGGUCUUCUCCUUGUCAAGAUUUUAGGGCGAACAAUAUGUAUUUGGAUAAUCUUCUUGUUUUUAAACUUGACGGGAACCACUUCACAGAUGAUUCAAAAGCAUGGGACUUGAUCAAGAGGGCACAUAAUUUGAAAGUUCUAUCUCUUACGGACUGUCGUGGCAUAACAAUAAUCCCAGACUUCUCUAAAUGCCUGGGUUUAGAGAAGUUGACUCUUGCACGUUGCUACAAUGUAAAGAGACUCGAAAGCUUCAUUGGAGAUCUACGGUCAUUGAUUAAGUUAGAGAUUGUAGAUUGCAUAGGUCUUACGUAUUUGCCUGAAGAAGUGGGUGCACUAGUGCAGCUUGAACGCUUCUCAUUGAAGGGAUGUUCUGAGUUGAGAGUGAUUCCAAGCUCACUUGGGAAUUUAACCUCAUUGAUAGAGUUAGACUUAUCAAAAACGAGGAUAAGGAAACUUCCCAACUCCAUUGGAAAGUUAAAAUCAUUACGCACCUUGCGUUUCGCAAUAUUUGAUCAUCGCGAGCAUCAUGCUUGGCAGUUACCUAAUGGCAUCAGCACUUUGGUAAAUCUUGAAGAGUUGGAUCUCUCAUGGCAUAAUGUGACAGGUGAAAUUCCUGUUGGAAUCGGAGAAUUGUCAUCUUUAAUAAUCCUAAAUUUAAUUGCUACCGGUAUUAGCGGAAUUCCCAAGACAAUCAACAAGCUUUCUCGCCUCGAAACACUCAAUUUGGGGGAAUGUCAUUCGAUUCAAGUGUUGCCGGAGCUUCCCAAAAGUUUGACCUGUCUACUUGUUGAAUCUAGGUCAUUGCUCUCGAUCCCAAAUCUAUCGAACCUUACUAAUUUGGUUGAACUGCAACUAUGUGAUGGCUCUAAGGCUACAGAGAAAUCAAACCUACUCCCGGGAUGCAAUUUAAGGUGGAUUUGGAGGUUAAAUAGUCUGAAAAGGUUAAGGUUAAACUUGCUAAAUGUCCCUGCACCUCCAGAGUUGGCUUAUCUUUCACAUGUGGAAGAUCUUAGUUUGCAUAGCCUAGACCUAGAAACCCUCGGGCAGCUUCCGUCCUCUCUGCUGAGAUUGGAUUUACAAUUCUCUAGCAUCAGGUGGGCAGAGUUACCUCUCUUGACAAAUUUGUUGACUUUAGAGUUCUAUCGGUGUGAAGUGGAAGACAUCCCACUAGAGGGACUUCCACGACUGGAGAAAUUAACUGUUGACGAUUGUAAACGGCUUCAAAGAUUAUCCAUUCCUUCGGCACUAAGUGAGCUACGGCUAGGGGAAGUGUCAAAAUGUUCAGAGCUGGUUGAGAUACAAGUUGUGGGUCUUUUGAAAUCAUUGGAAUCCUUGCGCGUUGAUGAGUGCGAAUCUCUGACAAGAAUUAGCGGGUUAUCAUACUUGAAGAAGCAGGAGGCUUUGACAAUCCUAGGCUGCAACGUACUUGCUAAUGUUGAGGGCCUUGAUGAGCUGGAGUCUCUGAAAUCGUUGGAGGUCCGGAUGUGCCCGUCAUUGAGAAGGUUGAUUGAUGCAUUUUGCACAAAAAUACCAGAUAAUUGCUUCAUCAAAAUAAAGUGGUGUGGAGACUCUAUCAAAGAUUUUGAAAUGUCCUUGAAGGAUUACAAAAACGAGAUUCUUCAGAAUACAUCAAACAAGGUAGAACAUCCCUUCACAAUCAUAUUCGUCCUCGGAGUUGAGAAGAAUAGUGAUGGGUCUGAAAUUGUUGGUGGAACGGAGAGGGAGAUCGAAAAUGCGACCCCGGGUUCAGUCACGUAUGAAGGAUUGGUUGCCCAGGCGAAAGGUUUCGGUUUUCGUUUGGAGAGAAUUUGGUGCAAGGCUCCUGGUGGAGACCGGGUGUUGCUCGUGGAGAUCAAGAGCGAUAAGCAAGUGAACGACGACAUGGUGCCACUAGCAUCCAAAAGAGGGUUUGUUCAUUUGUACGUCGAGGGAGGGUUUGACAGUGAGCCGAGCACAGCUACAAAUCAAGUUGAGGAUCGAAAAUACCUUUCUUCUAUGGAGCGUCCCUUCACAAUCAUAUUCCACCUUGGAGUAAAGAACCCCAGUGGGGGGUUGGAGUCCGUUGGUGGAAUAAAGAGGGAAAAGGAAAAUGUCAUUCCUGAUUCAGUGACAUAUAAAGGAUUGAUUGCUGACGUUAAAGGUUUCGGCUUUCGUUUAAAGAGAAUGUGGUGCGAGAGUCUCCGUGAAUACUGCGAAUUGCUCAUAGAGAUCAAGAGUGAUGAGCAAGUGAAGGGAAUGGUGCUACUAGCAUCUAAAAGAAGAUCAAUUCAUCUGUACGUCGAGGGAGGGGUUGACAGUGAGUGGGAGGGAGAAUACGAUGACGAGAUGAUGGAGAUGUUAAGGGAGGAGGCAAUGAAGACUGAUGUGUAUUCUGACGAGGAUGUGUGGGAUGUUUCAAGUGCAGACUCAGACUCAGACUCUGCAUCUGUGGGUGAAAGCGAAACUGAUGGCACCUCCUCCAUUGAUGAUUUCCAGUCAGAACCAGGCAAUGCUGAAUGUUUUGAGGCCACAGGAAAUAGGCGGCAAAUGAGGGACGGAAGAAUUGGGCACUUUGGCAAUGUCGAUGGAGGGAAAACGACGAGUAUGGAAAAUAGAAAGAAGGAGAAGGAUGAGAGUGGGGAACUUGCCAACCAUAAUGAUGUUGUUCGGUCAAGUUGCCGAAGGUGCAAUGGAGUUGAACAUCAUGAGAGCUCCUGCAAAGCUACAGUUGAAGUUGAGGAUGAAGGGGACCUUUCUUCUGUGAAGAGAGAUAUAACUGUGGAGACUGACCAAAUACCUACAAAAACAAGCAGAGGAAGUGGGAUCGGAUGUGCUUCAAACCAAAGAAGGGAUCCUGCAGAAAGAAGCAGAGGAAGGGGUACAGCUUCAAGUUUAAGAAACAGCAAUGGUUCGAGAUCAGGUAGGGACGCAGCUUCCACUUUAAGAAAGGGCAAGGCAUUAAAUUCGGGAAGGAGCAUAUCUUCAACUUCACAAAGCAGCGCUACUUUGAGUUCAGGAAGGGGCAGAGGUUUAAUUUCAGGAAAGGGCACAACUUUGAGCUCAGAAAGAUACACGAUUUUGAGUAUAGGAAGGGGUAGAGGUCCUAGUUCAAGAAGGGGCACAACUAAUAUGGGCGCAAGUUCAAGUUCAGGAAGGGGCAUAGCAUCUAGUUCUCGAAGCAGCUCGACUUUGAGUACAGGAAAGGGCAAAUGUUCAACUUCAGGAAAGGACGCAAUUGUGAGUUUAGGAAGGGGCACAACUAAAAUGGGCGCAUGUCUAAGAUCAGGGGCCGACAAAGGUUCUUCAAAUCCACAAAGCAGCACGACUUUGAGUAUAGGAAGGGGCAGAGGUUCAACUUCAGGAAAGGGCGCAACUGUGAAUUCGGGAAGAGGCACGACUUUGAUUUUAGGAAGGGGCGCAACUGAAAUGGGCGCAAGUUUAAGGUCAGGGACGGACAAUGGUUCAAGCUCGGCCAAGACUGAGCCUCAAACAUCGAGUUCAUGAUGAACUAAAUCAAGAUGCAAGGCAGGAACACAUUUCAAGAAAUUUAAGGUUGCGGCAUGGUUAGAAGAUCACGAACGAAAACAUCAGCAGGAGUUGUUCUAACUCAGGAUUGUAAAGGAGCAAUUUAAGGACUUGUUCGAAUCGUGUUUCUUGUUGAUAUUCGUUUUUAUUUGCUUGUCAUAAUUUGUUAGCUGAAUGUGUACAGAAAUGGCUCUGUUACUAAUAAGGAUGUUAUCGGCAGCUUUUUCAAUCAUUUCAGUGUGUAAAAACAUUUAAAUGCAAAGUGU